GUUAUAUUAAGCACGGGUUUUUCCAGCUUCCUUGUAGAGGGUCUUGACUCUGGUUUCGUCCACACAUUUCUCCUUCAUACAACACAGAUGAUGAUGACGAGUGUGGUGCCAACUUAGAUUGAAGACCCUCAUGAAAUACAGGACUUAGUGAAUAAUCUUCAAAGAUAGAGAUUAGAACGAUACAUUCAGUGGGUGAAUAUUGCCGAGAUGGAGAAAGGUCAAAGUGACACAGACAGUGAAGAAUGUACACCAGCAAAGUGCAGGAGGAAAAGCAAUGAUGAGGACAACCCGCCUGGAACCACUGACGGAUCAGGUAGUACUGUGGAGGAUGCAGGAACUAAAGAUGUUGAUGAAGAGAGUGCUGACGAAUGUUUGUUUGGUGACAUGACAGAUGAAGAAGAGGGAGAUGAAAUCGAAGAUAUGUAUCAACUUGGAGCAGGUGUUACAAAGGUCAAAUUCCAGACUGUUCAACAACAGUCGUACCAACUUGUAGGUAAAGACACCACGGCAGUAGCACAACACAUUGUGGGAUGUUGUCAGCAACCACAGGGAGAGGUAAUGUCGGCACCACAGCAGGGGACACAACUCCAGCAAGCUUCAGCUGCUGAUGUUGAUCAGACAACAAGUCAGACACAGAUGUCAACAACUACGUCUUGUGUAGUUCCCGAAACAACGAUUGCACAAGUCCCGAGAACAGCAGCAAUGACACCAGCGUCCACUUCCUCUCUUCUUCCCAGAAUACCAGGAUCUGUUGUAUCAGAGUUACAGUCAUCAGGGCUACCUGGGGUACCAGUGCCUGUGGAUUCUCCCGCAGGUGUCCAGUACAACAAUUUCUACGUACAGCAGAAUUUUGGGGAUGUGACAGUCAGGGGCGCCAGGAAUCUGAACUUUGGCGGAACCCAGAACAUUAGAGGAACACAGAACGAUGGUGCACCUCGGACCAACCAGGAAGAGGAGAAACAACUGACUGCAGCACAGAAGAUCAGGAAAAGAACGGAAUCCAGGAUACAGUCGUGGACUAAAGACAUGGUGGAGACAGAAGGCCUGCAGAAGGUGACAGACAAGCUAGACAGAGGAGCAACAUGGGUGACAAUUAAAGGACGACCAGGAGAGGGGAAGUCUACAAUAGCCUACAUGGCUCUCAAGGAUCAGCACACUCAGGGGAGACAAGUGUAUCAGGUGGUGUCACCGGAGGAGUUCAAUGAGGUCAUAACGGCCAGCACUAACCCUGUCAUUAUGUUAGAUGACAUAUUCGGUGAUCUGGAAUUUGAUGUAGCAGAAUGGGCCAAGUGGAGACCAAGUCUACAACCUUUUGUGGAUGUGAAAGAUCCUGAUAAAUAUACAGAAAAAGAUUCCCUAGACAAGUCCACUGAUAUCAAAAAUGUUUUAAAGAGAACAAAAGAUGAGCAAACAGAGCUGAAAAGAACAGCGCCUAACAAAGACCAAACUAUCAUUAUCCUCGUAGGCCGUGAUUAUGUGUUGAAAUCCUCAUUGUCAGACUUGGGAAAGAUGGCAGAUUACAUAUCUAGUCCCCUGUAUGUGGUGGAAGUUUCUUCUCAGAGAGACUCUUGUGAACGAAGGAAGAUUUGGCAUGUUCAUGUCAAAACAAAGACAAAGAUGGACUUUGAUGAGUCAACUGUGUCUCAGAUAUGUCAGGCUGACUGUCCACACGGCUUUCCCCAUAUAUGUAAAAUGUUUGUCGCAACAUAUGGAAAGGAUCAGACGCAACCUUCAGCAGAGACUGUUUUAGAUUUUUUUAAAAUGCCUCUUGUGUUCCUCAGAAAGACUUUGUAUAAAUUUCUUAAGGAUAAGAUAAAGCGUUCACUGUUCAUGGCUAUGAUUAAAAGAGAUGGGAAGGUUAGUGGACAGGAGUUGGAGGAGGAUGAUAAUCUUGCAUAUGAAAGCAUAACAGCUGCUGAUGAUUUGGUUGGAUCUUAUCUCAAGAAGGAAGAUGACACAUACAUGUUUGACCAUCCCUCUAUAUAUGACAGUGUUGCUUUAAUACUCAGUACAAAACAAUCAAAGUUUGUCAUCGAAAAUUGUAGUUUGUCAUUCAUCCAUCAGCGACUUCGUAUUAAACCAUCCACAAGACAAGGGGAAAAUGUUCCUAGUGAGACAGGUCUUGUUGCAAACAUCUCAUGGACCUUUGCUGGACAUUUAGCCAGAAGAUUUGCAACUGAAACUGAGAGAGGCAAUUUAUUGCAUGUCUUAUCGCACGAGGCAUGUGGUAAUUCAAAGUUUAUUGACUUGCUCAUGGGCUGUCUGAAGACAAACUGUCACAUGUCUGUUCCUGAUCUUCUGAAACUAGCUGAUAAUUCUUCAAGACAAUCAUAUUUGGAAUUGCUUUCAAGCAACAAGUCACAUCAUCUGAUCAAAUUUAUCAUGGAGAAAGAAAACAUAUCAUUCAGCCAAAGUGAAAUACGUGACAUUUUACUUGGGGUGUGCAAGAAUGCUGCUUGUAGUGUAUUGACCUACAUCAGUGAACACAUGAAGCUUGACAUGGAUGCUAGAUAUGGUUGGCUUGAUGUAACUCCGAUCAUGUUAGCAGCAGAAACCAAAAACAGUGAGUUUGUCGGUCAGAUUCUGGCACUUGCCCCUGACCUGAAUGCAAGCGAUUGUAAAGGACAGACUGUCUUUCAUUACCUUUGCAAGUAUGGCCUUACAUCAGCCGUGGAACAAGCAAUUAACACGGGUGUGGAUGUCAAUGUGCAUCGUGUAAAUGGUGACCCUUUGUACCUUGCCAUACAAAAUGGUCACUUAGGGGUGGUGAAUCUGCUGGUGAAAACAGGAUUUGAUCUGGAUAACCAGAAAGGUCUUAGAUUUGCUUCCAUGAGCCAUAACAAGGACAUGGUAGAAUUUCUUUUUGACAGAGGGGCACAGGUUGAUGGUGAUGCUGUUAACAGUGUUUGUGAGGUGGGGAACUUGACUAUGGUCAAAAUGUUAUUUGAGAAGGGUGCUACUGUUAACAUGAUGCCAUCUAAUGGACAUACUCCUCUUCACAGCUCAUGUACACGACAGUCAGAUGUUAUGUCAUUUCUGCUGGCGAAAGGAGCAAGUGUGAAUCAACUUACAUCUGAUACAGGUGACUCACCACUUCAUACAGCAGCACAUCAGGGAUAUACCGUGUGUGUCAAUGUGUUACUGAAGGCUGGGGCUGAUGUGAAUGUACAGAAUAAGACAGGUGACACACCACUUCAUACAGCACAGGCCACAGUGUGGGGAUCUACAGAGUGUGUUGCAGUGUUACUGAAGGCUGGGGCUGAUGUGAAUGUACAGAAUAAUACAGGUGACACACCACUUCAUAGAGCAGCAUUGUUUGGAUCUACAGAGUGUAUUGAAAUGUUACUGAAGGCUGGGGCUGACGUGAAUCUACAGAAUAAUACAGGUGACACACCACUUCAUGAAGCAGCACUAAUGGGAUCUACAGAGUUUAUUGAAGUGUUACUGAAGGCUGGGGCCGAUGUGAAUGUACAGGAUAAUACAGGUGACACACCACUUCAUAAAGCAGCACUGAUGGGAUCUACAGAGUGUGUUGAAAUGUUACUGAAGGCUGGGGCUGAUGUGGCUGGGGCUGAUGUGAAUGAACAGAAUAAUGGAGGUGACACACCACUUCAUGAAGCAGCACUAAUGGGAUCUACAGAGUGUGUUGAAGUGUUACUGAAGGCUGGGGCCGAUGUGAAUGUACAGGAUAAUACAGGUGACACACCACUUCAUAGAGCAGGAUUGUUUGGAUCUACAGAGUGUAUUGAAAUGUUACUGAAGGCUGGGGCUGAUGUGAAUGUACAGAAUAAUACAGGUGACACACCACUUCAUGAAGCAGCACUAAUGGGAUCUACAGAGUGUAUUGAAGUGUUACUGAAGGCUGGGGCUGAUGUGAAUGACUUGAAUAAUGCAGGUGACACACCACUUCAUAAAGCAGCACUAAUGGGAUCUACAGAGUGUAUUGAAGUGUUACUGAAGGCUGGGGCUGAUGUGAAUGUACAGAAUAAGACAGGUGCCACACCACUUCAUAAAGCAGCAUUGUUUAGAUCUACAGAGUUUGUUGAAGAGUCACUGAAGGCAGGAGCUGAUGUGAAUGUACAGAAUAAAACUCGCCAUGAGUCGACGAAGGAGUCUCCUUUCCCCUACUCUGUGGAAGGCAACAGCAGCAGCCUGUUGAUUUGGAGUAUUGUUGGGAAAGAGAUGCUGGACAAAAGCUGA